GGCCCCUCUAAAGUCUGUACACCAGCGACUUGUAGAGAAGAGGAAUCGCACAUCCAAUGGCCGCGUUGGGUUCUUACCGAAGGUGGAAGAGUCCAAGCAUGAUGGACGAGGCCAGGGAUACCACCAGCACCUCAGCAAUCGCAGAUCAGCCUACUAAGCCUCGAGGCUCAUGCGCGGCUCUGCCCCUGCGGUGCCACCAGUGCUGUUAUCAUUCGAGCUUUGCCCAGAGACUGUAGCGACUGAUGUCAGAGCUAUGACGUUGCGCGAUUCCAGAACAAGUUGCAGUCGGAGAUGAAAUCCGAUAGCAGGUCUGAUAUUUAUUCCUCAAGCCCUGACUUUUUUCAACUGUGGCGGAUUCAGACAAGCUCACACUCGCAACAUAGCCGCGACGACCAUGUUCGAUUUCAUCCUGCAGUGGAUCCAUGAUAUUUUGGACUCUGCGCUCUCCGCGGUCAAACUCGUCCAGAACCGCCAGAUAGGCUGGAAAACACUGAAUCGCAAAACGGGCCGCUAUGAGCGCGAACAGCAGCCCAUUUGGAAAAAGAUAAAGCUCUGGGUCCUCUUCAGUCGUCUUGUUGAGUGGGUGGAUCGCACACAAUUACUUCGGCUGUGGAUUCACGAGAAAACCAUCAAAGCCGGAAAGGAAGAAGGCACACCGGCGUCUGCUCGUCAGAUCAAGGCCUUUGUGGACUUCUACCACAUCAACAUGGACGACUUCACUCCUUCCGACAUCCACCAAUAUCGAACCUUUGAGGCCUUUUUCGUCCGACAGCACAAGCCUGGCGCGCGACCCAUAUUCGAACAGGAUGAUCCCACGCGCGCCGUAGUCGUCGCGGACAGUCGGCUGGUGGUCUACCCGACCGUGGCACAGACCCAGAAGCUCUGGAUCAAAGGACGGAACUUCACCGUGGGCAACCUCAUUCGCGACGACGAGGCCGCCAAACCCUGGCACAACGGCGCCAUCGCGAGCUUCCGCCUGUCUCCUCAAGAUUACCACCGCUACCACUCCCCCGUCGAUGGCACGGUCGAAUGGUUCAAACAGAUCCCCGGCGACUACUACCAGGUGGACCCGAUGUGCCUGCGGAGCGACAUCGACAUUCUAACCACGAACGCGCGGUGUGCCGUGUGCAUCAACUCGAAAGAAUUCGGCAAGGUGCUAUUCGUGGCGAUCGGUGCGACCGACGUUGGCACUGUCGAGAUCAGCCCCAAGUGCCAGAAGGUCGGUUCCGCGGUGAGGAAGGGCGACGAGGUCGGCCUGUUCCAGUUCGGCGGCUCGAGCAUCAUCGUGGCGUUCGAGGAAGGUGGCAUCCAGUUCGACGAGGACUUGCUGAGCGUGAGCCGCAACUUGGUCAUGAUGGAUGUCGAGGUGGGCAUGAGUCUUGGACGUGCCACACAAAAGAGGUGGGGGAGGGCGGAAGCCAGAUGAUCCAGUACAAGACAACCCACCAUGGCGCAAAAAAGCCACCUAUAAAGCUGAGUUAGCCGUUUGAGAUAGGGGAACAAGGCUAGGACGAAGCGAGCGUAAAAUGAGCGAGAGAUGCAUCUGCCUCCGCCGUUGAGAUCCCCUCGACCUACUCGAUCCCAGACCCAAUGCGAACGAGUGAAUACAAGCCCGAUAUUCCUGGGUAUACACCCUCCUCGCCCGC